UCCCUCCUAUCUCCUCCUCCCCUCUCCAGAGCAAAUCUGGUGGAUCUUCAGAAGAAGCUCGAGGAACUGGAGCUGGAUGAGCAGCAGAAGAAGCGCCUAGAAGCUUUCCUCACGCAGAAAGCCAAAGUGGGCGAGCUGAAGGAUGAUGACUUUGAGAGGAUCUCCGAACUGGGGGCUGGCAAUGGCGGUGUGGUCACCAAAGUGCAGCACAAACCCUCAGGGCUCGUUAUGGCACGGAAGCUGAUUCAUUUAGAAAUCAAACCAGCCAUCAGGAAUCAGAUUAUCCGAGAGCUGCAGGUGCUGCAUGAGUGUAAUUCCCCAUAUAUUGUGGGUUUCUAUGGAGCCUUCUACAGCGAUGGAGAGAUUUCCAUCUGCAUGGAGCACAUGGAUGGUGGCUCUUUGGAUCAAGUGUUGAAAGAAGCCAAAAGAAUUCCCGAAGAAAUCUUGGGGAAAGUCAGUAUAGCGGUUCUGAGGGGCUUGGCAUAUCUGAGAGAGAAGCACCAGAUCAUGCACAGAGAUGUGAAGCCUUCUAACAUCCUGGUUAAUUCUCGAGGAGAGAUUAAGCUGUGUGAUUUUGGGGUCAGCGGUCAACUCAUUGACUCCAUGGCAAACUCUUUUGUGGGAACUCGGUCCUACAUGUCUCCCGAGCGGUUGCAGGGCACCCACUACUCGGUCCAGUCCGACAUCUGGAGCAUGGGUCUGUCAUUAGUGGAGCUGUCUAUCGGAAGGUACCCAAUCCCCCCGCCAGACUCCAAGGAACUGGAAGCAAUAUUUGGCCGUCCUGUGGUGGACGGGGCAGAGGGAGAGUCCCACAGCAUCUCGCCGCGGGCCAGGCCCCCAGGACGCCCCGUCAGUGGCCACGGGAUGGACAGCCGGCCUGCGAUGGCCAUCUUUGAACUGCUGGAUUAUAUAGUUAAUGAGCCACCUCCCAAGCUGCCGAAUGGAGUUUUCACGCAAGAUUUCCAGGAGUUUGUAAAUAAAUGCUUAAUUAAAAAUCCAGCAGAACGGGCAGAUCUGAAGAUGCUGAUGAGUCACACCUUCAUCAAACGCUCCGAAGUGGAGGAGGUGGAUUUCGCCGGCUGGCUGUGCAAGACGCUGCGGUUGAACCAGCCCAGCACACCCACCCGUGCUGCCAUGUGAGGGCCGAGCCGACCGCCUGGUGUCAGUACAUCUGCCUCUGUCACCAUUUCCUCUCCCUCAGUAAAUGACAGAACUGCCCUCCUUCCUUCUCCCC